GAGAUGUUUACAUAGUGUCCAUAGUGAUUGUUAUACCUAAGUGUUAAGAGAAAAAUAUCAUCCCCUUCAUUAUAGUCAUAGCCUUACGUAGCCUACGCCAUCAAAGUCGUGAUUGCAUAUUUCCCAUAAGCCCCUUGAAAGCAGCACGGGAACCAGCCCCGCCCAUAUUACCUCCUCCUCGUCUGACGUCACGCCAACGGCUAUUUGCAUGAAGUGUUUUCUCGCUGCAGCUUAAACUCGCCUGCAGAACGAUCCGAGAGGGAAAGCGAGGGAAGAGACGCAGGCAGUGUACAAGGAGGAGGGGGAAUUUGUUUCAUCUCAGAGGAGCGGCAGUAAGAAAACGGCCUGACAGCGGGGAUAAGGUGUCGGAUUCUAAAAACGGAGGGAACAAACAGGGGAGACAGCUCUUGUAUUGGAAAAUGGAGCUACCCGCCGCGGGAGAGCACGUCUUUGCGGUGGAGAGCAUCGAGAAGAAGCGCAGCCGAAAGGGGAGGGUCGAGUAUCUGGUCAAGUGGAGAGGAUGGUCUCCAAAAUACAACACGUGGGAACCAGAAGAAAACAUCCUGGACCCGAGACUGCUUGAUGCCUUCCAAGAGAGGGAGCGUCAAGAACAGCUGAUGGGAUACCGCAAGAGAGGACCCAAACCAAAGCACCUUCUGGUUCAGGUGCCAUCCUUUGCAAGGAGAUCCAGUAUUCUGGCAGAUCUUCAGGGAGCAUCCCUGGAUGAGGAUAGCCGCCAGAAGACCAGUGCCAUACAGAUGCUCCGUCCUCAGGGACAACAGUACCAGUUGAACAGUAAGAAGCACCACCAGUACCAGCCGCUGUGCAGGGAGCGUGAGGCGGAGCAGCAGGCAAAUGGAAAGAAGUUCUACUAUCAGCUCAACAGCAAGAAACACCACCACUAUCAACCGGACCUCAAGGUACACGAGCCAAUGUUUGCUAAACCAAGAGAGGUAAAAGCUCCAGAGCUGGCUAACAAAGGUUAUAACCUUCCUCCGGUGCUGCAGCAAAAGUGGGUGAGGGACAAAGACUCAGGCUGCCUGACUAAAGUCAAAGAUAUCACCAUGGACCUGAAGAAGCUCCCGGCAGACCUCAAUGGACACAAAGAGGCUGACGGGGUCAAGCCCAAAGAGGAUGCUGUACCACAGUCUAAUGGUGUCAGCAGCAGCAAGCUAAAGAUCGUGAAAAACAAAAACAAGAAUGGGCGGAUUGUGAUUGUCAUGAGCAAGUACAUGGAGAACGGGAUGAAGGCAGCCAAGAUUAAAAACAGUGAUUCAGGAACUGCUGAAAAGUUGCCUCACGGGACGGACACCAACACAGAGAACCACCUUGAGAAGAUGAGACUUGUCAAGAAGCUCGGCCUAAUGAACGGAUUCUCAAAACAACCCAAAGACAAACCAGCUGUUCCCACUUCUGGAUUUAACAGAGAUUGCCCCAAAGAAAAGGAACAGUCACCCAAAAUGGAGCCAACUGUGACAGAAAAGGAUAUACAUGUCGAGGUCAAGGGUCAGGGGCAGUUUCCAGCGGAUCAGCCUUUACAAUUGACAACCAAGUCUAAUCUGCUCUCCCUGCCUUUGGAUAGGGGAGUUCCCCCCUCACCGAACAAAAGAGAAAGCCAUGGUGGAUUUCAGGGACUGAAGCGACACUUUUCUGACACUGACAGUGAGGAGCAUGUAGGCAAUAAGCGGUUUCUCAGCUCCAGGAGUAUCAGUACCCCUGACACAACAUCUUCCCCCACCCAAAGCAUCAGCGUCGACCAAAACGGACAUCUGAGUCACAUGGGACCGCCGCCCUGUGGGUAUGUCGACCAGGAGGAACCUAUGGACUUGAGCAUUGUAAAGUCUAGGCCUAGCCUUAUUCAGGCUAAAACACACACACAGGCUGAAACUGUGGCACAAACUGAAACACACACGCUGGACAAAUUAGAUGCACAAUCUGAAACACGGACAGAAACACAGCCACAAAGUGAAACACAAAAGUCAACAGUAGAAACAGCUGUUGAGUCGUUUUCCGUUUCUGACAAUGAAAAGAGAAAAGAGGAGACAUUUCCCUCUUUCCAGCCUUUCCUUGGGAACAUUGUUAUCACAGACAUCACUACAAACUGCCUCACAGUGACGUUUAAGGAAUAUAUCGCUGUGUAACUGAACCUGGUACUAGCUGUGUAACUGUACACAUGUACAAUAGAUAUAUUUGUAUUUUCAGAUGAUUGAAUGUACAAAUGAAACUUUGAUGUUUUCUUUUUGUAUAGUUCAAACCUAAAACAAAAAAUGCGUUGUUUGCAUAUUCUUUCUUAUGAGCUCUACCUGUUGUUAUAUCUGGAGAUUUUAUCACAUGCAGUAUCUAAUUUCAGCUAUUUCAGACUUAGUUUAAAACAAAAAUUAGGUCAGAUAAAAGGCAAAACUUUUAUUGAAGAUGCACUUAACCUCUGUAAAUACUUUUCUAUGGAUGUAUUUUGAUUGUACACUCAACUGUCUGCAUCUCAGAUAAUGUUCAACAAAUGUAGAAGACUAUAUGGAGAGUUUUUGUAUGAAGAAAAAUAUAUUGAAACAUGGUAAAUUACACUGUGUGGGUGUGUGUGUGCGUGAAUGUGUUAGAGCAGAUGGACAGAUUUCAACAAAAUGGAUGCAUGCUGUGGGGACAGAUUAUCCCAUUAAGCCUGCUUAAACAAGCAGAUAAAGAAAAUGAAGCUCAUUUCUGUUGAUUAAAGUGAUUUGCUUUGUUGAAAGGUAAAGUGGGCUUGUUAUUAAGUGAAAGAGUGUUGAUGGUUAAUGUUUGAUGUAAACUCCAUUUAUUUGAUCGCUGUUCAAGGAUUGAGGGUUUUGAGUCAAGAUCUGAUCCUGAGCACAAGUCACUUCUGUUAAAACAGUCAAAAUAUAAAACUUUGACUUUAUUUAUUUUAAGUUUUGCCCCCAUGCAGUGACUUAAUGUUUUUCUUUUUCAAAGUCUUGUGACCCUGCCGGUGUGUCCUAACAGAUCUCUUUUACCAUCUGGGUGCUUCAGGAUGCAGAAGUUCAGGUUCUCCUAAUGCCCUCUGUCAUGUUCCCUGUUAUAAAAAUGACUGAAUGAUUUUCUUUUUGUCACAGUUUGUGUCCGUUAAGAAGUACAUGAAAGCACACCUCCAUGUCAAAAUCAGACCUGUCCUCUGGUGAUGCCCCCCCUCUUUUGUAGAACCCCCUCCAGCACUCUGUGAUCUGAGGUGCAUUGAACUGCUCUGUGAAAUGAGAUGCACUUUUUGUGUUUUUAUGUGCAGAUUUAAAAAAUGAAGGCUUCCAAUGAUACAUUUUGCAAUAAUAAAAUUGUUUGCAAAUGAUA